UCCCGACAUCCUGGCUCUACCUGUGUGCACACACGUGAAACUCGGCUAAACAACAUGACGACGAACGGCGUGGCUAUGAAUGGAGACGAGGACGAGGAGUUCAGCGCCUUCGUGGCUCUGCACGGCGCCGCGCUCCUGGCCUCCAAAAUACCGCAAACCUACUGGAGGAGUCUGCAGCGCAAAAUUGUCAACGAGGUUUAUGAUGCCGGGGAAGUGUUCGGCAUCAUGCAGCACCAGCAUCAGGACGAGCAGGACAAGGAUAGCCAUGCAGCAGAAGUUACCUGUAAAGUGCUUGUAACUCGAGAGAGUGGACUGCAAGCCUCAGAGCCGACCAGUAUUUUCCUGGUGGAUCAUGCCUGGACCUACCGCGUGGAUCAUGCCCGCCAGCAGCUGGAGCAGAUCCCCGGCCUGCUGCCCAGGAUGGCCGCCCUCAUGGGGCUGGACUUCCAUGGGGAGGUCCCGGACCCGGACACGGUGGAUCUGGUGAUGGAGCGCAUGUGGAAGUACAACCAGACCUACCAGCUCUCCCAGGGGACGGCAGAGGAGAAGGUGCCGGUCUGGUACAUCAUGGACGAGUUCGGCUCCCAGGUGCAGCACUCCGACCAGCCCACCUGCGGCAUGGCCCCGUUCUACUACAUGCCGGGACAGCUGACCUACAGCGUGCUCUGGCCUCUGCAGGACCUACAGGAAGGAGACGAAGCAACGCGGGAUUACACUUACGGCGAGACCAACGCCCUGGUGAGGCAGUGCAGCCUGUUGCCAUGGAUACCAGCUGAUCUGGAGGGGGUCAGCGCAGUCACCGCUGAGCCCGCUGACUUGUACUACGAGACCAUUUCAAAGGAGAACAAGGAGCAGCUGCCUGUGGAGAUCCCACCCCACGCCGUGCCCGACGACAAAAUCCUCAAAGUUUAUGCCACCAUGAGACAGGUGAGAGACAACCUGACACAUCCACGUUUCCAGCUCACAGAGGAAGAGGAGGAGGCUGAUAUUAUCUGGGCCUUCAGUCACAUCAGGGAGUACAGGAAGCUGAGCGAGGAGCGGCCUCAUGUCAUGCUCAACCAGUUCCCCUGUGAGGCGGUGAUCACCGUGAAGGACUGCCUGGCAGCUGUGAGCCGCAGGGCCAGAGGCGGCCGGGGGGCAGACUGGCUGCCAGAGACCUUCAACCUCCAUACAGAGCUACCGCAGUUUGUCAAACACUACCAGCAGAGACAAGAAAGAGGAGAGGAUAACCACUGGAUCUGUAAACCAUGGAACUUGGCUCGUGGCCUGGACACGCACAUCACCAACAACCUGGACUACAUCAUCCGACAGAGAGAGAGCACACCCAAGGUGGUGUGUAAGUACAUCGAAGAUCCAGUGCUGUUCAGUCGGGAGGAUGUGGGAAUGGUGAAGUUUGACAUUCGCUACAUGCUGAUGCUACGCUCCGUGCAGCCUCUGCGUCUCUAUGCCUACAAUGUGUUUUGGCUGCGCUUUGCCAAUAGGCCUUUCUCCUUGGACCGUUUUGAUGAUUACCAAAAGCACUUCACCGUCAUGAACUACGCAGAGGGCGUGCAACUUAAGCAGGUGCAUUACGACGAGUUCAUCCCGAUGUUUGAGGAGCAGUACCCGCAGUAUCCAUGGAAAAAGGUGGAGGCGGACUUGUUUAAGGCGUUCGGGGAGCUCUUCCAGGCAGCCACAUCCCGCCCGGCCCCGUACGGUAUCUGCGCCUACCCGUCCUCUCGGGCCAUCUACGCUGUAGACCUCAUGCUGAAGUGGAGCACAGGGGAAGACGGUGAGCGCAUCAUGAAGCCUCAGAUUCUGGAGGUGAACUUCGGUCCGGACUGCGCCCGAGCCUGCCUCUACCACCCAUCCUUCUUCAACCACAUGUUUCAGACGCUGUUCCUGGAUCAGGCCGAGUCCUGCCCGGUCACACAGAUUCUAUGAUAAAUGAGCCUCUGAGAAAUGAAUCACCCAUCCUGGGACUGUUCAACCAACCACAAGCUGGACUUCUUCUGACCAACACACACACCCUCCAUCCCAACCCCACCAACACUUUUUAUCCUUUUAAUGAGCAAAGUUUUGCAGCCUCCCCCACUUCAGACUUCUUCUUUAUCCCUCAGCUGACACAUGAAUUUGCUGAGUCACUGAAUAGACCCUCUGUAAAGCAUUUUUAUUUUCUAAAUUAAAUAUUUACCCAUUUACACUGAUUUGACAUUGACUGCACUUCAUAGUCACUUUGUUACCUUUGCUUGCUUGCACUGUGUUACCAUUUGUCUUUGGGCCCAGUUGCAUAGAAAGUGUGGUAUUAUUAUUAUUACGCACACACACUGAAAGAGAGAGAGGGCUGAUGAUAUGCUCCUCCAAAAAUUCAAAGAAUCUACUUGUGCUGAUGGGAGGAUCAGGUCAGGGUCACAGAUGACUCUUCUCAGGUUAGUUUUACAAAGUGACAACUCCAUUAAAUACAUCUUUGUCUGUUGGAUUUGCUAUUCUUUGCUGUUGUUGAUGAUGCAGGACUGAGCAUAGAUCUCUAAGCCUUUCAUAUACAAAAAAAAACAAAAAAAAA